AGCAGGAAACAGACGUCUGUUGAGCCAAAAUGGCGACCGUGGUCCUACUGUCUGGAGUGGGUUAGCAUGAAACCUAUCCGAUUAAACGUAUUAUGACACUGUUCGGCUUUUAUUAGUCAGAUUAAUCCUUUUUAUCAUUAAAAAGAGUCCGUCUAAACAAGCGGAGACGCGUUCAGAUGCUGUGAGGAGGAGAUGGCGGGCCGUAGAGUCGAGUGUUUGUGGAAGCGUCACGUUAUGGAGCAGCUGAAACAGAGAGACAGAGUUCAGCGUCAGGCCUUCGAGGAGAUCAUACACCAGUAUAACCGGUUGUUGGAGAAGUCUGAUCUUCAGGUUGUUUUUUCUGAACAUCUCCAUACUGAGAAAUAUGAGCAGCAGAACCGACACGACCUCAGUCCGGUCCUCGAGGGCGGUCGCAGUGAUUCCCUGCAGCAGGAAAUGGCUCAGAUGAGAAUUAAACAUCAAGAGGAGCUGACGGAGCUGCACAAGAAACGAGGAGAGUUGGCCCAGAGCGUGAUUGAACUAAACAACCAGAUUCAGCAGAAAGACAAAGAGAUCCAGAGUAAUGAAGCCAAGAUGCAGGACUAUCAGCAGCAGAUCUCUCAUCUAGAAGGAGAAUGUCGCGAUCUGCGCAACUCUCUGGCCGAUCUGGAACGAGCCAAUCAGACGCUUCGAGACGAGUACGAUGCCCUGCAGAUCACGUUCAGCGCCCUGGAGGAGAAACUACGGAAAACCACAGAGGACAAUCAGGAGCUGGUGACACGCUGGAUGGCCGAGAAAGCGCAGGAAGCCAACAAACUGAACGCUGAGAACGAGAAGGACUCCAGGCGCAGACAGGCGAAGCUUCAGAAGGAGCUGGCGGACGCAGCGAAGGAACCUCUUCCCAUAGAGCCAGAUGAUGACAUUGAGGUUCUCCCAGAGGAUGCUGGGAAGGGAGCGGGUGGAGCAGGUGAAACGUCACCGAGCAGACCGAGGAGUCGAACACCCAGCAGACGAGUGUCUCAGCCUCUUCCUCCUGCUGCCGGACUCCUGGACUCCAUCUCUAAUAUCUUCAUCUUGUCUGAUUCUGUCCAACCUGGUUUCGUCCCAUCUGACUCCAGAAGACGUCGCUCUGUGAACUCGUUCGGCUCGUCUACAGAAAGUGCAGAGGUGCCGUCGGCCUGCGCUGAUGUCAGAGUUCCCUCCACUGCGCUGCACGUCUUCGAUGCUCACGAUGGAGAAGUGAACGCCGUGAGGUUCAGUCCCGGUUCCCGUCUGCUUGCCACGGGAGGAAUGGACCGCAGGGUGAAGCUCUGGGAGGUCGUUUCUGGGCGAUGUGAACCUAAAGGUGCGCUGACGGGCAGUAAUGCUGGAAUCACCAGUAUAGAGUUUGACAGUACGGGCUCGUCUCUGUUGGCUGCGUCGAAUGAUUUUGCCAGCAGAAUCUGGACGGUUGAUGACUUCAGACUGAGGCACACCCUCACAGGACACAGCGGGAAGGUUUUAUCCGCUCGGUUUCUGCUCGAUAACACUCGGAUUGUCUCUGGCAGCUACGAUCGAACGCUCAAGCUCUGGGAUUUACGCAGCAAAGUCUGCAUGAAGACGGUGUUUGCUGGCUCUAGCUGUAAUGACAUCGUCUGCACGGAGCAGUGUGUGAUGAGCGGGCACUUCGAUAAGAAAGUUCGUUUCUGGGACAUCAGGUCUGAGAGUAUCGUUCAUGAGCUGGAGCUGCUGGGACGUGUCACGUCUCUGGACCUCAAUCACGACCGGACCGAGCUGCUGAGCUGCUCUCGUGACGAUCUGGUGAAGAUCAUCGACCUGCGCUGUAAUGCAGUGCGACAGACGUUUAAUGCUCAAGGUUUCAAGUGUGGUUCAGACUUCACCAGGGUCACGUUCAGUCCUGAUGGGAGUUAUGUAGCGGCCGGUUCUGCAGACGGUGUUCUGUACAUCUGGAACGUUCUAACGGGGAAACUAGACAAAACCCUUGAUAAGGGUCACAGUUCUGCCAUAAAUUCGGUGUCCUGGUCUCCGUCGGGGACGUUUGUGGCCAGCGUUGAGAAAGGCAGCAAGGCCGUGCUUUGGUCUGACAUGUGACUCCGCAGCGCCUGGAUGAAAUAGACUGAAGACGGAAGGAAAGUCCCUCUGGCCUCUUGAACUACCUUUCCCACAAUGCCAUCUGUUUGGCUAUGGGUGUACGAGUGCUGCCUGCCUGUAUGAUCGCACGGCACCGUACACGUACAUAUUUAUAUCAGCUUUCAUGUACUGUCCGUCUCUCACACACUCGAUGUGAGAUGGAAAUUACACCGGUGACUCGUACGGUUUGUUUUAACAUGGCUUUAAAUAGUGUUUACUGUCAGAGUUUAUGCUUUUGCCUUUAUACAUAAACAGGCCAUUAAAGUGUGUGUGUGUGUGUGUGUGUGUGUGUGUUUUGAAUGCUGCUCUAUGGAUGGCACUGGUUAAUAUUUUUCCUAGAGUUCUGGAAAUCCCACAUCUCCCCAUGAAUAAAAUGCAUGUAUGUAUUGAGCAGGAACCCAAUUUUAUUUUGGAUUAAUCUCACAUUAUUAAUAAUUAAUCAUUUUGUGAUAUUAACACGAAUUGAACCCUCUUUUUUUAUUGCAGUGCAACAAUGUCUUUGUUGUGAAUGGAAAAAUUAGUUGGCGAUUAAAAAUCCUUUUAAAUGAAGUGUUUUAUUAAAAUCUGCAUAUAUUAAAGCCAGUACAACUGCCAUUUAAGUUAUAACUUUUAUUUUGAUUUAAAUUUAUUUGAUAUUUCUUUCCAUAAAGUAAUUUCGAACGGCAUCCAUAAUAAAAAAUGUUGCUGGCAAAUGUGAUAAAAAAAAAAAAAAAAUGCCCACGUGUUAAAAUCUAAAGGUAAAAAGUUAUUUCGCUAUAUAGAAAGUUUUCCAAAAACAGCCUUUAGUUUCUUUAUGCAAAAUGUAAUUUAUUUUUAAUUUUGGGGUGAAAUAUAAUUUAAACUUUUUGAGAGCUUUACCUGUAGACCGUCAGGAGAAAUCAGCUUAUUAAUAGGUGUCUGUUCAGUAGAGAAAAUAAUUUAUAAAGCCAUAGUUCAGCUAGACACCAUAUUUAAUUUUGCACAAAUGAAAAUGAGACUGUCAAUUAUUUUGGCCAAUCACUGCACUCUUUGUCCUAAGCCCCUCCCCCUGGAUCCAGGAUGAGCAUGUAUGUGUGAUGCUGAAUGAAUGCAGUAAGAUAAGUGUGUUUUAGUGAAGAAAGCGAUGCUCUGUUCUUUAUUUUUAUUUAAUCUGCUGCACACAAGCUCAUAUCCUAACACUGUUUUCUCUGAGCAUGAAGUCGGUUUCAAAUACUGUAUCAAACUCUACGCAGACACCCUUCUUGAGCUGUUUUGCACAGGAAAACUAAUGCACUUUUGAUUCCUCCUGAUGCAAGCAGCACAUCCGGUGAUGCUCGCACUUAAACAAAAAGACUGCAAUGCACCAUCGUACUCAUCCAAAUACUAGAACUGGUGUUUAAGAUCCUCGUGUCCCCUCGAAAUCAACGCUGCAGUCUGUCGAGGUGCCUAACAAGUGCACUUGGUUUCAGAUUUUGAGUGGAGGGGACUGCACUCUUUACAGAUGACUUAUGGGUGUGGCUGUUUAGCUCCACCCCUUUGAUGCUGUUUAGCUCCACCCCUUUGAAGCAUUUGUGGGUGUGGCUGAUUAGCCCCACCCUCUCUGAUGUGUUUGUGGGUGGGGUUAAGAAUGGGAGCCGGCUUAAACGGACUGUGGAAGAUAAUUGUUGCUGAUGUAUAUGAGGUUUCUGUAUAUGUCUGCUUAAAGUUUGCACACCAUAAAAUGAAUGGGACGUUA